AUGCCUCCAAAAUCUAGCAGAGGAAGGGAAAAGAAACAGCAGCCAAGAGCUCUUACGACGUCUGAUGUCAAUUUGCUCGAUGCUGUCUCGAAUUCAAACAUUGACAGCGUGUAUUCAAGCAUGUGGGACAAUGCCAACGUCGAAGCCAAGUAUCCAGUUUCGCUGGCUUCACCGCUAUCAAUCGCUGUAAAGACGAACAAGGCACUUGUAGUAAAGAUACUCUUAGAAUUCGGUGCCAAUCCAGCAGCAACAGACUCUUACGGAGCGACGCCACUACAUUGGGCUUCUCUAUCCAACGAUUCAACAAGCCAAGAAAUCCUACAAGCAUUAAUUGCCAGAGCAAACUCUAAAGGAUUAUCAAGCAGAGACUCGUUUGGCUCAACACCGCUUCAUUUCGCAACUGUGGAGAACAAUGAAGGCGCGGUGUUAGCCUUACUGGAACAUGGCGCAGAUCCAACCAUCACAAACAAUGAUAACAGGAAGCCAAGUGAUAUUACAACCAGUGAUAUUAUCCGCGCAGCAUUGAUUGAGAGUGAGAUUCGAAUUGCUGCAGCCAAUUCAGCAAAACAAGCUAAACCGAAAAAAGCAAAGAAUGGAGCCAAGUCUGGUAGUAUGAAGAAGAAGGGAUCUGUUAGUGCUGCUGCCGCUAAAAAGACGAAAUCUACGCCAGAUUUGAAACCAAAAACACCACCUGUACCUGCUACUCCACAAUCUGCAAGUGAAGCAUCGGCUGUAGCACUACCACCACUGCCAAUAGCUAAACCACAACCAGAAGCAUUACUGCCGGUCGAGCCAUCAGCAGUCCGUGACGAAGAAACGCCUACACAACCACUCCCCAUAUCAUCCGCAUACCCCAAGCAAGGAUCUCUACGAGCACUCAAAUCGAAAUCAACGCCAAAAGUAUCUUCCUCAAACGAAAGCGUGAAUAGGUCUAAUGUCUCGUUGCGAAGUAUGGUAGGCGAAACAAAGAAAGUGUCUGUCUUUACUUAUGCUGCUCUUGAGACGCCCGAUGUAUUGAUCCAGGCAAAGGACAGAAACGGGUUCAAGUCAAGUGAGAAGAUAGGCGGAUCGUCGAGAUCAAGUGAUAGGAUUGGUGGCAUAUCGUCCAAAGAGGAUAUUAGUGGUAGUAGGUCUGUUGGGGGUAGUAAGUCUCGUAUGGCCACGAGGGUAAAGAGUCAGACUUUCCAAUAA